CGGACCCGGAGCCGGAGGCGCCGCGAGGAGCAUGGGGGCUCCUGACCGCCUCGGGGGCUGCUGUGACCUCCAACCAUAGGAUUUCAGAUCUUUUUUGUUUGUUUGUUUGCUUUUUUUGCGCUCUUCUUUUUAUUUCCUCCCCUCGCCAUCCAUCCAUCCGGCAGUCAAUGCCCUGCCCUCGCUCCGUGCCCGGAGGGGAGACCAUGAUCGGGUGAAGCCGCCCUGUCUGCAGCCAGGAAAAGCACAAAGAAGCACCGCAGCCAUGGCCAAGCUGACAGAAUCCAUGACUAAUGUCCUGGAGGGCGACUCCAUGGACCAGGACGUGGAGAGCCCCGUGGCCAUUCACCAGCCAAAGUUGCCUAAGCAGGCCAGGGACGACCUGCCCAGACACAUCUGCCGGGACCGGACCAAAAGGAAGAUCCAGAGGUACGUGCGCAAGGACGGCAAGUGCAACGUGCACCACGGCAACGUGAGGGAGACCUACCGCUACCUGACCGACAUCUUCACCACCCUGGUGGACCUCAAGUGGCGGUUCAACCUGCUGAUCUUCGUCAUGGUGUACACGGUCACGUGGCUCUUUUUUGGGAUGAUCUGGUGGCUAAUAGCGUACAUCCGAGGAGACAUGGACCACAUAGAGGACCCGUCGUGGACUCCCUGCGUCACCAACCUCAACGGGUUCGUCUCUGCUUUUUUAUUCUCCAUAGAGACAGAGACCACCAUAGGUUAUGGCUACCGGGUCAUCACAGACAAGUGCCCGGAGGGGAUCAUUCUCCUCUUGGUCCAGUCGGUGUUGGGGUCCAUCGUCAACGCGUUCAUGGUGGGAUGCAUGUUUGUGAAAAUAUCGCAGCCCAAGAAGAGGGCGGAGACGCUGGUGUUCUCCACCCAUGCGGUGAUCUCCAUGCGGGAUGGCAAGCUGUGCCUGAUGUUCCGCGUCGGGGACCUCAGGAACUCCCACAUCGUGGAGGCCUCCAUCCGCGCCAAGCUGAUCAAAUCCAAACAGACCUCAGAGGGCGAAUUCAUCCCCUUGAACCAGACGGACAUCAACGUCGGGUAUUACACCGGGGACGACCGGCUGUUCCUGGUGUCGCCGCUCAUCAUCAGUCACGAAAUCAACCAACAGAGUCCCUUCUGGGAAAUCUCCAAAGCACAGCUGCCCAAAGAGGAGCUGGAGAUCGUGGUCAUCCUGGAAGGGAUGGUGGAAGCCACAGGGAUGACGUGCCAAGCCCGGAGCUCCUACAUCACCAGCGAGAUCCUGUGGGGGUACCGCUUCACCCCCGUCCUGACGCUGGAGGAUGGGUUCUACGAAGUCGACUACAACAGCUUCCACGAGACCUAUGAGACCAGCACCCCCUCCCUCAGUGCCAAAGAGCUGGCGGAGCUGGCCAGCAGGGCAGAGCUGCCCCUCAGCUGGUCGGUGUCCAGCAAACUCAACCAACACGCAGAACUGGAGACCGAGGAGGAAGAAAAGAACCUCGAGGAGCAGGCGGAAAGGAAUGGUGAUGUGGCCAACCUCGAGAACGAGUCCAAAGUGUAGUCCCCUGGCCGGGCCCCUCCCCCCCAACCUUUCCCCAGGCCAGGCCACCCCUUCUCCUGCCCCCGUCCCCCCUAACCUCUCCUCGUCUCUCAUCUUCCUGAUUUCUGUCUCUCUAACUUCGUUCUCCCUUUGUUUGUGUUUAAUUUUGGCGUUACCAGAAAACAAAUCUUCAAGGUGUAAAAUCUCUGCCUGCCCUUCCCCAGUUACUCAGAUUGGAGCGGUAGACAUGCAUUUGGUUAAGGUAUAAGGUGCCCUCAUUGGUGGCCCGAGCCUGUCUCCUCCCUAACUUCCAUACACCCAACUCCUAGAGAUUUAACCCUCUUACCUGCAUGUGCUAGACAAGACCAGGCCACUCACAAGAGUGUAGCGAACACGUGACCUGGGGUACACCUUAGGUCCAGUGCCUGUCCCAGUGCCUGUCCCUUCCUGCAGUGAGACAGAGUGAAGCCCUCACUUCCCUAGAUCCCCACCCAUGUCAUCUCCAGGGCAUCCCAGGUGUAGGGCCCAGAUGAAGCAAAGACAGAACACUGUACAUAUAUAUGCCUUAUGUAAUCAUUUUCUUUGUCCCUUAUCAAUAAAACCCAGCAUGUACAAAAGUACUGUAGGACACAACUUCUAAAUAAUGUACAUAGAUACAUAACUAGUGUAGGUUUAGAUAUGUAACUUUAGAAAUAAGAU